AUGAGUGCGUUGUCUCACUGGCUACCAAACGCAUGUCACCACCAACUGACGAUACCCAGAGAUAUCCAGGUGCUGAAGACCUACGGCGCCGCGCCUUACGGCGCUGCCAUCAAGAAGCUCGAGCAACAGAUCAAGGAGAAGCAAACAAGUGUGGAUGAGAAGAUUGGAGUCAAGGAAUCCGACACGGGUCUUGCCCCUCCCCAUCUCUGGGACGUCGCAGCCGACCGUCAACGAAUGUCAGAGGAACAGCCGCUUCAGGUUGCGCGGUGUACAAAGAUUAUCCCCGACGAGAAAGAUGACUCUAAGAGCAAAUAUGUCAUUAACGUCAAGCAAAUCGCCAAGUUUGUCGUCCAGCUCGGCGAGAGAGUGUCCCCGACGGAUAUCGAGGAGGGCAUGCGAGUCGGUGUCGAUCGGAACAAAUACCAGAUCCUCCUGCCUCUCCCCCCUAAGAUCGACGCCAGUGUUACGAUGAUGACGGUCGAGGAGAAGCCCGACGUUACAUACGGAGAUGUUGGUGGAUCGAAGGAGCAGGUCGAGAAGCUGCGCGAGGUCGUCGAGAUGCCCCUCCUGUCGCCGGAACGCUUCGUCAACCUCGGUAUCGACCCCCCGAAGGGUGCUCUGCUGUAUGGACCCCCCGGUACUGGAAAGACCCUGUGCGCGCGAGCCGUCGCCAACAGAACGGAUGCCACCUUCAUUCGUGUCAUUGGCAGUGAGCUGGUUCAGAAGUACGUCGGUGAGGGAGCGAGAAUGGUGCGCGAGCUGUUCGAGAUGGCGCGGACGAAGAAGGCCUGCAUUAUCUUCUUCGACGAAAUCGACGCCAUUGGUGGAGCUCGUUUCGACGACGGUGCCGGUGGAGAUAACGAGGUCCAGAGAACUAUGCUGGAACUGAUCACGCAACUCGACGGUUUCGACGCUCGUGGAAACAUCAAGGUCAUGUUCGCCACCAACAGACCUUCUACCCUCGACCCCGCCUUGAUGAGACCUGGUCGUAUCGAUCGUAAGAUCGAGUUCUCCCUGCCCGACCUCGAGGGUCGCGCCAACAUCCUGCGUAUCCACGCCAAGAGCAUGUCCGUGGAGCGCGACAUCCGUUGGGAGCUCAUCUCUCGUCUCUGCCCCAACGCCACGGGUGCCGAGCUUCGCAGUGUGUGCACAGAGGCUGGUAUGUUCGCCAUUCGUGCCCGCAGAAAGGUGGCCACGGAGAAGGACUUCCUCAGCGCCGUCGACAAGGUCAUCAAGGCCAACCUCAAGUUCAACUCUACCGCCAGUUACAUGCAAUACAACUAA